AUGGGUCAUACUAAUCCGGACACAGCAAUUGAUGUAAGGUUCACAGGUGGACUUGAAUACACCAGCUUGACAUACACUGUGACAAAGAAGCAAAAAGAUACUGAUGGGAAUUGGGUGAAGCAGGAAGUGGACUUGCUUCACAGGAUCACUGGGUAUGCACCAAAAGGGUGCAUAACUGCGGUUAUGGGUCCUAGUGGUGCCGGAAAGUCGACGCUCUUGGAUGGGUUGGCCGGAAGAAUUGCCAGUGGGAGUCUUAAAGGUCGGGUAUCCCUCGAUGGGGUCGAUACGAGUCCAAGCUUGAUCAAGAGGACUUCAGCAUAUAUAAUGCAGGAUGAUAGGCUUUUUCCGAUGCUCACUGUUUAUGAGACUUUAAUGUUUGCUGCUGAUUUUCGUUUGGGGCCAAUCUCAGGGGCUGAUAAGAAGCAGCGGGUUGAGAAGCUGAUCGAACAGCUUGGUUUGACAACAUCUCGGAAUACUUACAUCGGUGACGAAGGAACUCGAGGAGUGUCUGGUGGCGAGCGUCGAAGGGUGACAAUAGGCGUGGACAUCAUCCAUGGACCCUCACUCCUCUUCCUCGACGAGCCCACAUCUGGCCUGGACUCCACCAGUGCACACAGUGUGAUCGAAAAGCACCGUGAUCCUCACAAUCCAUCAACCUUCAUCUCGAAUCCAAUUGUUGCUCGACCAUAUGAUCAUCCUGGCUCGUGGUCAGCUUAUGUAUCAAGGACAUCUCGGAAUACUUACAUCGGUGACGAAGGAACUCGAGGAGUGUCUGGUGGCGAGCGUCGAAGGGUGACAAUAGGCGUGGACAUCAUCCAUGGACCCUCACUCCUCUUCCUCGACGAGCCCACAUCUGGCCUGGACUCCACCAGUGCACACAGUGUGAUCGAAAAGGUGCACGACAUUGCGCGUUCUGGCAGCACCGUGAUCCUCACAAUCCAUCAACCUUCAUCUCGAAUCCAAUUGUUGCUCGACCAUAUGAUCAUCCUGGCUCGUGGUCAGCUUAUGUAUCAAGGGUCACCUAAAGAUGUUGUUCUUCAUCUUGGCCGAAUGGGGCGAAAAGUCCCCAAGGGGGAGAAUUCAAUAGAGUACCUUAUUGACGUGAUACAACAAUAUGAUCAGUCUGAGCUAGGAGUAGAGGCACUGGCGGAGUUUGCUCUUACUGGAACGAAACCUCCACCAUUGUCAGAGGAGGAGAUGUCUCUAUCAACUGUCAUUCCGUCGCCGGUUCCUGCUCGGUGGUCCCGGAAUCAGGGAGAUGGGCAUGGAGACAAGUCCGGAAAGCGGCUUCACUUGCAAACUUGUGCAGAGAAUGAGAAAGAUUUUGAUCGCAGUGUGAGGAGUCCAUGGAACCAAUCAAGGUCUUGGAGUGCUAGCCAAAGUGGUUUUAUGCAAACACUUGGGUUUACACCUUCUAGGCAGCGGAAUGAUCAUAGAACUCAGAACCCAACUAGUGCAUCACCGGGCUACUACACCUACUCCAGUGAAAUCCUCGCCGGAACUCCAACACCUCACAGCAGCGACUACACCGUCAACGAGAACGACUACCUGACCCCCAAUGAUGCUGCGACCAACAUGGCCUACCAGCACAUCGGCCCAAAGUUCACAAAUUCCUUCUUCUCCGAGACAUGGGUACUCAUGCGCCGGAACUUCAAAAACAUUCGGCGAACGCCGGAGCUUUUCCUCUCCAGACUAGUAGUCCUCAUCAUCAUGGGCUUCAUGAUGGCCACCAUGUUCAAAAACCCCCCAAAUGAUGCCCAAGGAAUCACAAAUCGCAUCAGUUUCUUUGUCUUCACAGUCUGUCUCUUCUUCUUCUCCUCUAAUGAUGCCGUCCCCGCAUUCAUUCAAGAGCGUUUGAUCUUUAUCCGCGAGACGUCCCACAACGCAUACAGAGCCUCAUCGUACACCAUAGCCGGAUUAAUCACUUACCUUCCUUUUCUUGCUCUUCAGGCUUUAGUUUACGCCCUUCUCGUCUGGUACGCCUUAAAGCUUCGUGGACCCUUCAUUUAUUUCUUGAUUGUUCUCUAUGUCUCUCUCAUCUCCACCAACUCUUUCGUGGUGUUUGUAAGCUCAGUGGUGCCAAAUUAUAUCUUAGGUUAUGCAGCAGUAAUUGCUUUCACUGCUCUCUUCUUCUUGUUUUGUGGGUACUUUCUGCACAGUAAUGAUAUUCCUCCAUAUUGGAAGUGGAUGAACACUAUCUCGACCAUGACAUACCCAUAUGAAGGGCUUUUGAUGAACCAAUAUCAGACCACGAGUCCUUUUGAUAAGUAUCAUAACGUGUCUGGGUUUCAGAUCUUGAAGGCGCUGAAUAUUAAUACUGAGGAAGCUAAGAAGUGGGAGAAGGUUUACAUAAUGUUGGGUUGGGCUGUUCUAUAUAGAAUUUUGUUCUACGUUGUUCUCCGUUUCUUUUCCAAGAACCAGAGGAAAUAG